GCCAGGCAGUCGUCCUAUUACUACACUUUUUCUCUUCCGACAUGCGGCUCUGUUUAUCAUCCUCACUCAUCAACCCAAUUCCUCAUUAUCUGUUCCACCACUAACUAAUCCUGCUUUAUCAACAUCAAUUCCUCAUAAUCACAAUAAGCAACAGCACAUUAUUAAAUAAUUCUAAACAGAACGGGACAAAAAUUAACGUCGGUCUCACUUUCGGUCGGGAAAUAAGCUUUACUGGAUGAGGAAUAAAACAACUAGCCAUAUUGUAACAUUCAACCAAGUGGCGAGGGGGUGCAGCAGGAAGAUGAGAGAGUGGACGCACAACUAACUGCGGUGGGGAAGCGGACGAUAGACAUAAAGGACAUUGAAACACGCUUUAGAUUAACUACAAAUAAAAGCGGACACUAUCUAAUCAACUAUCAAACCCGAUAAUUAUGAACACAGUCUAACCAAAUUAUUUAGGAGUGGAGGUGCCGGCGAAGUACUAUUCUCAAAUUUAUGAUCUCGAGUGAUACAAGAGUUAUCAUUAGUGGGCUAAUAGGGUGAAGAAAUAGUCAGCACAUAAAGUAUCAUAUUUAUAAUAGCACAACGCUUUUACCCCAUAAAGUAAACUUGUUCGUGUGGUCUGCAGUUUACUAUAUACAUUUGUUCUUAAUGUCGAGCGUAUUAUUCGCAAAAUGUGUCUCCGUGUUUAUAAUAUUUGCCGGCUCCGCAAUAUGUGGACUUCUUCCGGCCUUCAGAGUAUUUUCUACAUUUCCUAGAUUUGCUUUGUCUUUGAUUUUAUCGUAUGGUGGUGGUAUACUUAUUGCAACAUCACUAGUUCACAUUUUACCUGAGGCACGAGAAUCAUGGCCAGACAUAAGAUUCACUCCAGAAAUGUCGCUGUGUACCGGAAUAUUUGUUGUCUAUUUCAUUGAGGAGGUGGCACACUUCUUGGUGUGUCAUGAUGUCCAUUCGCCAACGUUGACUCAUGGAGGAGAAGGUGAUGGACAUAAUCAUGGGGUUCAUGUUCAUCAUGAUAUACCUCCAAACAGAUGUGACGAACCUGCUGCUGUUUACCUAUUUGCUGACGAAGCCGGCAGAUCUGGCGAAUUUGCUGCUACCACUAACCAUAAUCAUCACCACCGACACUGCUCUUCUGGAGGGGGAGGGGGUGAACAACAUGUGAAACUCUUUCCGAGUACUGAACAAAAUAAAACCACAGUUUCUUCCACUGUUGAUGAUAAAGAAGAUCAAAAGACGGUCGUUGCCAAAUCGCGGUCAAGUGAUAAGGUAAAUCGACUCCGAUCACUGGUUGGGUUGAUUGCACUUUCAGUUCAUGCGGGUUUAGAAGGUUUAUCAGUUGGUCUAGGUCGUGAGGCAUCUGACGUAUGGUAUUUGUGUGGUGCAAUUGCAGCUCACAAGCUCGUCAUUGCCUUUUGCCUUGGGAUGGAAGUUCGCAAUGCGUCCUCUUCUCCUUGUACACUAGUUACAACUUCUUCAAGUGCUGCCUUCAAAUUUCGAUAUGUGUUAUUUUUCGCCCUCAUGACACCAUUGGGAAUAGCUAUUGGAACCAUCAUUACUGAAAUCGUGCAAGAACCUCAAAAUGGGAGUGAAACUGAAUCUACUCUCGUCGCUGUAUUACAAACAUUGGCUGCUGGCACUUUAUUAUACGUUGCCUUUUUUGAGGUUGUUUUACGUGAACGAGCUCGUUUUUCCGGCAAGGGUCUUGCACAACUGGCUUUCGUGGUUAUGGGAUUUACUACAAUGUGUCUAGUGGAAAUCUAUAUUGGUGGCCAUAAUCAUAAUCAUUCCGGUGACGGACACAACCAUGACCAGGACAACGUUACCACACGAAAUAUUUCUUCAAGUCCAAAUGAGCUAAUCACAACGACAAUUUCCGGUAUUAACUUGACCAUUACUGAAUAAGACUAAAUAAUUAAACUCAAUAACCGAUUUUUUUAUCACCUUGAUUGUUGGCAAUUACCAUGAAUAAGUUUAAUCUGUUUUCUUACACCAACAACCUAACAGAAGUGAAUUCAGACUAAUUCGCCCGCUAGGGAUAAUUAACUGCAAAUCUACUACCUAUUCUAAUCCUUCAAUUCUUCUAAAUAUGCAUUAUAUUUAGUUAAUUGAUCUUGGUGGGAGGAUUGUUUAUCGCUUGUGUAUAUUAUUGUUAUUAUUCUAGGGUUAUGUGAUCAGUUUAUGGUAUUAGUAUUGCCCAACAAUUAAUGCAGUUCACAUUAUUACUAUAAACUACUAAAUUAUAGUACUUUCUAUUUUACACUGGCUACUAAAAAAUUAAUGUGUACUUAUUAAGUUGAUUUUUUUGUUAUGCCAGGCGGUUUUUGAUUGGUAUCUUCCUGGUGUUGUAUUUUCAGCAUAAGCAAAGUAUAAAACCUUACUUUGGUCAAGUUUUUGGAGUGACGCGCAUAAUAAAUAACAUUUUUGUACGUGUGUGAGGUUAAAACACCGUAUUUAAGUCUGACAACUUUAAAUAAUGCCUCCUAUUGAUUUCAGUUUUUCGUUAUUUAGUAUGCAAGUAUGUAUUAAUAUUUAGUCAUUCAUUGUAUAUGUACAUGGUUGUUUCAAAUGAAAGAUUUGUAAGUAACAAUAAAAUAUUUAAAUUAAA